AUGAUGAAAAGUUCAAUUGUUACCAAUUCACAACCACGAUCUAUUGCUGUCGGUGAUUUUAACAAUGAUCAUAAAAUGGAUAUUGUUGUGGCGAAUUCUGGUACACAUACUAUUGGAAUAUUUCUUUCACAAGAUGAUGAUACUUUUACAAAUCAACAAAUAUAUUCAACUGGAUUCGACUCUCAUCCUUAUUCGCUCGUUGUUAAUGAUUUCAAUAAUGAUACUUAUUUAGAUAUUGCUGUUGCUAAUUAUGGUACCAAUAAUAUUGGAAUAUUUUUCGGAAAUAAAAAUGGAACAUUUGCUGAUCAAAAAGUAUUUUCGCUUAAUUCUUCUCGUCCAUUUUUUAUUACUAUUGGUGACUUUAAUAAUGAUAAUCGAACGGAUAUUGCUGCAGCUAACUAUGGUACUAAUACUCUUGGUAUCAUUCUUGGAAAUGGUAAUGGAUCGUUUCAACAUCAAAUAACUUAUUCUACUGGUUAUGAUUCUCUUCCGUAUGCAUUAGUAGUUGGUGAUUUCAACAAAGAUAAUCGACUAGAUAUUGCUGUAGCUAAUUAUGGUACAGAUAACAUUGGUAUUUUUCUUGGAUAUGGUAAUGGAACAUUUAAAAACCAAAAAACAUAUACAACUAAUUUGAAUUCGAAUCCAACUUCUAUUGCUGUUGGAGACUUCAACAAUGAUAAUUAUCUCGAUAUUAUAGUCACACAUUAUGGCACUGGUCAGAUUGGUAUAUUUUUUGGCUAUGAAGAUGGCAUAUUUGCUGCACAAACAAUGUUCUCAAUCAGCUCUAAUUGUCAUCCAUAUUAUAUUUCUGUUGGUGAUUUUGAUAAGGACAAUCGACUAGAUGUUGUUGUUGCUGAUCCAGAAAACGAUCAAGUACAUAUUCUUCUACAAUAUAAUAAUAGAAAAUUUGCUACAACAACUACAUAUGAUGGAAUAAGUGGGUCUUAUCCAUUCUCUGUCGUUGUGACAGAUUUUGAUAAUGACAAUCAAUCAGAUAUUGCUAUAGCCAACUAUGGUACUAAUAAUGUACUUUUACUUAGUCAAUAUUUUAUAAAACCAUCAGUAAGACAAACGAAUUAUUUUGUUGGAAAAGAUUCUCGCUCGUCUUCAGUCGUUAUUUAUGACUUUAAUAAUGAUGAUCGAUUAGAUGUAUUAGUUAAUAAUUUUAACGAUGAUAAUUUACUUUUACUAACUGGUAAUGAUGAUGGAAGUUUUAAGCGAACAAAAACAUAUUCUACUGGAAAUAAAUCAGCUCCAAAUCAUUUUUGUAUUGGUGACUUUAAUAACGACAAUCGAAUGGAUAUUGUUACGGCAAAUUAUGGUACUGAUAGUAUAAGUAUUCUUCUUGCACAAGAGAAUGGAUUCUUUUCUAAUAUGACAACAUACUUUGUGGGUAAUGGUUCUACCCCGUGGUCAGUCGCUGUUGGAGAUUUCAACAACGAUAGUCGAUUAGAUGUUGUCACUGCAAAAUACGGAUCUGGUGGUUUCGGUAUUCUUCUUGGUUAUGGUAAUGGGUCUUUUGCUAACGUGAUGACAUACUGUGCUAAUAUUUUUGUCGAGCCAGAAUAUAUUGCUGUAGGUGAUAUCAAUCACGAUAAACAGUUGGAUAUUGUCAUCAUUGGUUGCAAAUCUGACAAUGUGGGUGUCCUUCUUGGACAUGGCAAUGGAACUUUCUCUGAUGCAGUGACCUAUUCUACUGAUAUUUACUCUUGUCCAAAUAACGUCGAUCUCUUUGAUUUGAAUAAUGAUAAUCAUUUGGAUAUUAUUUUCUCUACUUUAAAUGGAGGUUUUAUUGGUAUUUUUCUUGGAUAUGGGAAUGGGUCUUUUCAAGAAAUGACAACAUAUUCAACCGGUUCUACUUCGUCUAUUUACGACAUUGCUAUUGCUGAUUUUAACAAUGAUGGUCGACAUGAUUUGGCCUUGACUAAUAUUGCAAAUAACGAAAUAAUUAUCUUUUAUGGAUACGGUAAUGACAGUUUUCAACUUGCAAGGACUUAUUCUACUGGUUUUGGUUCUGGUCCGUAUGCCAUCGCCACUGCAAAGCUGAAGAAUAACAAUCAAACAGAUAUUGUUGUAACGCUCUGGGGUACUGGAAAUGUUGGUAUUUUAACUGAAUAUGUUGCAGCAGAGUUUGGAAAUCAAAAAACAUAUACAACUGGUUCGGCUCCACAGCCGUAUUCUGUAACUGUUGGUAAUUUCAAUGAUGAUAGUUAUAUAGAUAUUGCCAUCGUCAAUUCAGGAAGUGAUACUUUAGAUGUAAUUUUCAAUUCUGGUAACGGUACAUUUGAAACGCAAAUAAGCUAUGCUAUAGGUUCUAAUUCAUAUCCACGAUAUGUUUUUGCUGGUGAUAUCAACAAAGAUAAUCAUUUAGAUUUAAUUACUGCAAAUUCAAAGAAUAACAGUAUUAGUAUACUUAUGGGGCAUGGUAAUGGAAGUUUUGAUAUCCCACGAGUAUAUUCAACUGGCAUAGAUUCAUAUCCAUUGGCAAUAGCUAUCGGUGAUGUCAAUAACGACAAUCGACCGGAUUUAAUCACUGCUAAUGCAGGUACAAAUAGUAUAGGUAUACUUCUUGGGUUUGAUUAUACAACAUUUCAAAGUCAGAAGACUUAUUCCAGUGAGAAUAUCAGAAGACCACAUAAUAUCAUCACUAAUGAUUUUAACAAGGAUACAUAUCUAGAUAUUGUUAUUACUUGUCAUUUGAGUGAUAAUAUAGGUGUUCUUCUUGGAUAUAGCAAUGGGAGUUUUGGUGCUAUGAUGACUUAUUCAAUUGGAAAUGGCUCACGACCUGAAUCAUUGGCUGUUCAUGAUUUUAAUAAUGAUGGACUAUUGGAUAUUGUCAUUGCUAAUUCAGGUACUAAUGAUAUAGGUAUUCUUCUUGGAUAUGGUAAUGGAAGUUUCACUGCCAUGAUAAGAUAUUCAACUGGAAAUAAUUCUACUCCGAUGGCGAUCGCCUUAACCGAUAUGAACAAUGAUGGUCGAACAGAUAUUGUCGUGGUUAACUCUGAUACUGACACUAUAGGUAUUCUACUAGGACGUGGUAAUUUAACUUUUGAUACCAUAAUUACUUAUCAGAUUGAAAAUGGUGCGACUCCAACGUCAGUUGCCGUUGAUGACUUUGAUAAUGACGGUCAAAUGGAUAUUGCUGUAGUUAAUUAUUUUUCUGACAGUAUCACGGUAUUUUUAGGUUAUGGAAAUGGAAGUUUUAGAAGUCAAUUGACCUAUUCAACGGGUUACCAAUCUAUGCCAUCUUGGAUAACUGUUGGAGAUUUCAAUGGAGACAAUCAACCUGAUCUCGCUAUUAGUAAUUAUAAUAUGAAUAAUGUCGGUAUUUUUCUUGGAUAUAGAAAUGGUACUUUUGCUCCUGUCACGGAAUUUUUCACUGGAGAUGGUUCUUCUCCAGUAUGUGUUGAAGCUGGUGAUUUUAAUAAUGAUGGUAUAUUAGAUCUCGCUGUCGCUAAUUAUGGAACUAGCGGUAUUGUUGUGCUAUUUGGAUUUGGAGAUGGGAGCUUUCUACUAGGAACUGCAUAUCAAACUGGUCUGGGAUCUUCACCAUAUGCGUUAGCUAUUGGUGAUUUUAACAAUGAUUCUCGACUAGAUGUUGCCGUCGUCAAUGAAAAGUCAAAUGAUGUAAGCAUUUUUCUCGGAUAUGGCAAGGAACUUUAUGCCGGUAUAACAUCAUAUAGUACGGGCUUUGGAUCACAACCGCAUGCCGUUUCUAUUGGUGAUGUGAAUAACGAUGGUCUAUCUGAUAUUGUCGUAGCUAAUUAUGGUACUGACGAUGUAGGUAUUUUACUUGGACGUGGUAAUGGAGUUUUCGAUACCAUUACAACAUGUUCAACCGGAGUUGGUUCUGCUCCAUAUUCUGUUUCUGUAGCUGAUUUUAACAAGGACAAUCAGUUGGAUAUUGUUGUUACUAAUUCUGGAACCGACAAUAUCGCUAUUCUGCUCGGUUAUGGUAAUGCAACGUUUGCAAUUCAAACGACAUACUCAACUGGUGCUCAUUCUCAGCCAUACACAAUAGCCGUUGGAGAUUUUAAUAAUGAUAAUAUACUGGAUAUUGCCGUUGCAAAUUCUGGCACUAAUAAUAUAUUUCUACUUUAUGGAUAUGGAAAUGGACUUUUUGGAAAUAGGACUUCAUAUACUUUAGGCUACGCAUAUCGUCCGUACUCGAUUGCAAUCAAAGAUUUAAAUCAAGACAGUUGGAUGGACAUUGUCAUUGCAUGUUAUGGCACAAAUCAUGUAGAAACUCUAAUAAAAAUGUGUUAG